AUGACUUCUGAUUCCGAUAGACCCGAGUCUCCGUCUUUCGAUGAAAGGCGUUCUAGUAAUGACGAGUGCACCCGCCCUAAUGAUAUUGCUGGUCCGCACUACAGAACCACCUGCACCCUUCAAUCUCUCGAACGAUUGAGGGAGCUCUGCCGAAUUCUACCGGGAAUUAUGGCGGAGGCGCAGAUAGCCGAUCCCACAGAAUCCCCAGAAAGCCAUCGCGAUGGUUACUUCUGUGUGUACGAGAUUUAUUUCAAGGGUUGCGGAUUAACCUUCCCGCUUCCCGAAGCCCUGGUUCGGUACUUGGCGGUUCUCGAGAUCGCUCUUCCUCAAUUAACCCCCAAUCUUCUCCGAACCAUACUUGGAAUUAUAACAAUAGCGGCGGAAGCCGGAUACAUUAUAGGGGUCCCCGAGUUGAAUGAGCUUCUAAGCGUGAGAAGUUCAUCGAAGAAGACAGGAUAUUUCUCGGCAUACCCUAAUGCUAACAAGAACGUCAUUUCACAUCUUCCAAACAAGGAUGAAAAUUGGCAUCACCCUUGGUUCCUGAUUAAGAAAACCCCUGCUUCGAUUGGAAGUCUAUCAGAUUUACUCCCAUCGAAGUGGUCCGCGAAACCUGGUAGAAAUUAGGUCGCAUACAUCUUUUCCGGUUGUUUUAUUAUCUUUAUUGACUGAAACCGUUGUUUCAUUUCGCAGC